GCUGCUGCUGCUGCGGCACCUUGAUCCGGGGACCGUCGCCAACUCAGUGCAGCCUCUCAUCCUGCGCUUCCCCUUUCAUCGCGCUCACGUUGAUCAUCUUCAUAGCUGCUGCCGCCGCCGCUGCUGCUGCUGCUGCUGCCUCUCACCUCCUCCUUCUCCUCGGUGUUUUUCCUCUGGAGUCGCAGAGGUGCAGCGAACCCUGGAUGCUGACAGAUCCCACUUUUCCUUCCACAUGUCGCAUCUUUUGUUUACUUUCAGAAACACACGCGCAACUCGACGCCAAGUGUAAUAACAGACCACACCACUUUGCUCCUCUGACAGCGCGAUCAAACACACGCAAGCGGAGGGGAGGCAGAAAAAAGGAGGAUAGAGAGAGAGAGGGAGGGAGUGAGUGAGAGAGAGUGAGAGAGAGAGAGAGGGCGACAGUGUAAAGGUGCGUUUUGAUGUUUGGCAUCCACGAGAGCAUCCAGAGGAGUGGGAGUAGUAUGAAAGAAGAGCCCAUGGUGGCCGGGAUGAACGCGGUUCGGACAUGGAUGCAGGGCGCCGGGGUGCUGGACGCCAACACAGCCGCCCAGAGCGGAGUGGGUCUUGCUCGGGCACACUUCGAGAAGCAGCCGCCCUCCAACCUCCGCAAGUCCAACUUCUUCCACUUCGUACUGGCUUUGUACGACAGACAGGGUCAGCCGGUGGAGAUAGAGCGAACCACAUUUGUGGACUUUGUAGAGAAGGAAAAGGAAAUGACGGGGGAAAAGACCAACAAUGGGAUCCAUUAUAGACUCCAGCUCCUCUACAGUAACGGGAUCAGGACAGAGCAGGACCUAUACGUCCGCCUCAUUGACUCUAUGACUAAACAGCCGAUUAUCUACGAGGGCCAGGAUAAAAACCCAGAGAUGUGUCGGGUUCUGUUGACCCACGAGAUCAUGUGCAGUCGAUGCUGCGAUAAGAAGAGUUGUGGCAACAGGAACGAGACCCCGUCAGACCCCGUCAUCAUCGACAGGUUCUUCCUCAAGUUCUUCCUGAAGUGUAACCAGAACUGCCUGAAGAAUGCAGGGAACCCUCGAGACAUGAGGCGUUUUCAGGUGGUCGUGUCGACUACAGUGAGUGUGGAGGGUCAUGUCCUGGCCGUCUCCGACAACAUGUUUGUGCACAAUAACUCCAAACACGGGCGCCGCGCUCGAAGACUGGAUCCCUCGGAAGGGACGCCAUCCUACCUGGAACAUGCAACCCCUAGCAUCAAAGCCAUCAGCCCCAGUGAAGGCUGGACCACAGGGGGCGCUACAGUCAUCAUCAUUGGGGACAACUUCUUUGACGGCCUGCAGGUCAUCUUCGGAACCAUGCUGGUCUGGAGUGAGCUGAUUACCCCCCAUGCCAUUCGUGUGCAAACUCCACCCAGACACAUCCCCGGGGUGGUGGAGGUCACGCUGUCCUACAAAUCCAAACAGUUCUGCAAAGGCACACCUGGACGCUUCAUCUACACAGCGCUGAACGAGCCAACUAUAGACUACGGCUUCCAGAGGUUACAGAAGGUCAUCCCCAGACACCCCGGAGACCAAGAGAGAUUACCUAAGGAGGUGAUCUUAAAGAGAGCAGCAGACCUGGUAGAGGCCUUGUACGGGAUGCCUCACAAUAACCAGGAGAUGAUUCUGAAACGAGCGGCUGACAUCGCAGAGGCUCUUUACACAACAGUGCCACGAGGGCACAACCAGCUCGCCAGUCUUGGCAGCAGCUCCGUCCAUGCUGGCAUGAUGGCUGUAAACUCCUUCACCGGGUCAGAGGUGGCACAAACAGCCAAUCAGGGUUUCAGUAGGAGUACGAGCAGUGUGUCCCCUCACGGUUAUGUCCCCAGCUCCACUCCCCAGCAGAGUAGCUACAGCUCUGUCUCCACUAGCAUGAAUGGCUACGCUAACUCUGGCAUGGCAACCUUGGGCACCUCGCCCAACUUCCUCAAUGGAUCUGCGGGCAACUCGCCCUAUGCUAUCGUCCCAUCAAGCCCCACCAUGGCGUCAUCGACCAGCCUGCCAUCCAACUGCAGCAGCUCCUCUGGCAUCUUCUCCUUCUCUCCAGCCAACAUGGUUUCUGCGGCUGUCAAGCAGAAGAGCGCCUUCGCCCCCGUCGUUCGACCCCAGAACUCCCCUCCGCCCACGUGCACCGGCACUAAUGCUAACAGCCUGCAAGAUCAGUCUUUUGUGGACUCUAGCAAGUACUCAUCAGCCAGCUCUCUGCAGGGUCUGGCCUUCUCCUGAACAGCGAUUCCCGGGAUGAUCGUUCCGCCCAUGUAGAGGAUCUGGGAUAGCUGGAGAGUUGGUAAUUUUGAGAGGAAAAGACACAGUAGCGGAGUCUGGCGAGUCUCUGUCAUGCUCCGCAGCUGAACUGAAGGACGUCAAGAUAAGACGCAGAACUCUGUAAAACUCAGGCCUUUCCAUUGGGAUAUCAUCUGAAGGGGUAGGGGAGGAGGAAAAAAGGGACAAUACGAACCUUUGUGAUGUUAUUUCCCUCUUGGUUGAAUUAGUGUAGCUUCUCUGACACCACCUUUGAUGGUGUGUAUAGAGACUGAUAGUUUGCCCACAGUGUGACACUGACCUCAUGAACAGAGCAUUUAUUUAUCUUUGUGUUUAUGCCUGUAAGCUUUGGCUUUGAUUACUGGAGGCCCCACACGCCGUCUUGCAAUCCGUAGCUGGCACAAAUAACAGUGAAGUGUUGGUUUGGCCAUGAAGUUUACCCAGUUUACCUAACCUCUGUCACAAUAGAAGAUGCUUUCCUUAGCUCAGCCCGGCUCACUGAAACCACAGAGCAACACACUGGCCAAACAGAGCUAAGGUCAACAACACAAAAAAUAAACGCAAAGAAAUACAUACACGAACAAAAUCCACCCCUUAAUUUUGCUGCUAAUUAUCCCAUAAAAGUAAAAAAAAACAAACAAAAAAAAAAAGUCAAAUCAAAAAUGUCUCCCUGUGCUAUUUUUCCCAUCAGAACCAUGCCUUUCUCUCUGUUUAUGUUUUUCAUUUGGUUUGAUUGUUUGUUUGAAUUUGAAUAAAACUGUGAGGAUUGAGCUGUUUGCAAUAUGCUUUUCUGCUUGUCGUGUGAAGAAAAGGUGAUGAUUUAGCCAAAACUGACACGCGUCGGAGAUUUUAGGUGAAGACUUGAAAAGCCAGAGGAUGUGUGCGUCCAGCCAGCACUGUACUGAAGGAGUCUAGCAAAUAUCAAAUUAGAAUAAAUGCGUGAUAUAUGUGAUAUAUUUUUGUAUAUAACAAAAAAUGUUGAAUUUUUCAUUUGACAAUUUUUUGUUUUUGCUAUAGGUAUAGUUUGAAAUGUAAACAUUAAAUGUCUUAAGGCAGCUUCUCAGUACAGAAGAUAGAUUUACUGUGUGUUGUCAAUAUCUCAUCUGCAAAACAUGAGAAACAUGGAUUUGGAUACAAAAAGGGGAUUCCUGUAAAAUAUCCUAUAAAUAAUGUAUUUAUCCCUUGUAUUUGUACAUUGUCUCUCACCCUCUGUUGACUUGUGUUGUGUAAGUUUAAUACAGUAAGUGAACAUAUUUCAUAGUGUUUUGUUUCAUUAUUUACUGUUGUCCCUCCCUAUUUAAAAGUGACUCUUUUUUUUAUUUUUUAUUUUUAUUAGAAAAGUCAUUUUUGGUUGAUUUGCAUUGGCUCACCAUGCAUUCAUUUGUUGAUUCAAAACAUGCCGUUGUCUAUUUUUGUAUUAUUUGUAAGUUAAUAAAAACAUUUUUUUCUUUUUUUUUGCUCAUGAAAAUGUUUAUUGUAUGGCAAAAAAAAGUAGCAUCUUAUUCAGAGUAUUUGGUUGAAGUAGAUUUUUUUAAGAAUAUAUACACACAUUAAUAUAUACUGUAAAUCUAUAUCUUUUUUUGUUUGAACACUUUGAGGCUUUCAGAUUGAUACUGUUCUUGAACUGAUAAUAUGCAUGGGUUCUUCUCUUGAGUGACACUUUCUUUUUCUGUGUGUGGAAAACCAAGAGAAGUAAGAAAUUGCUCUGUGUUUUUCUUUCCUUGUGUUUCCUCUUUUCCCCCCUCUGUUCUUUCUUUUCCUAUGUUAUUUAUGCCUGCUUACAUACUGUAUCUAUAUAGUCUUUUUUUUCUGUCACUGUAAUCUUUACCAGCAGUCUAGAUGCCUUAACAAUGCAAACCCAUUCUUCAUUCAAUCACGUGUACAGUUUUUUUACCCUCACCACAAUUGUCUGUUGCCACAGAGGAAUUCAUGGGAACUUGGGGACAAAGCACAAACCCACUCUGUUUGGUGGUGAAGCCAGACUAGAAUACAAAGAGCCAUAAUUUAACAAUCACACACAUAUACACACACACACACACACACCCCGAUGUACUAUAAUACUACAGCGAUGGCAUGCUUUGAAGGACAGACAACGCUGAGAGGCCCGUCUCAGCUGUGCUCAGUGCACUUUAGUGUUCACAGAAACACUUUUGUCUUUUUUUAAAAAAAGAUUAUUUAUCAUUAUUUGUCUGAUGAAGUAAUUUCUACAGCAUGUUGGUAAUAAUUCUCAUCAACCACAGGAUCACAACAGUGUGACAACAAAGAGCUGUUUUAAUUGUAGUACAAAGGGGGCGCACAGUGAAGAACGAGCACUGUCACAGCACAAGUUUAAUCUCACACAUGGAGUCGUAGGUCUGACUCCAGGAUCUGACAGUCGAUCCCCACAGUCUUCUCCCCGCAUUAGCCUUCGGACAACACAGCUUCAUUACAAGCCAAACACAACGAGAACAAGCGAGGAGGCAUGAAAGGGAGCUCCUUGGCCCCUCGGCCAUUUCUGUAGUCUUUCCUUUGUGUGUCUUCAAGCUGUUGCUGGACAGAGAAUAGGGCUUUUCUCUCCGCUUUUCUUUUCUAGAGUCUGGUUUUGUUAAGUGGGUAGAAAGGGCCAUUUUAACAGAGGCCACUGCUGACAGACGAGUGUUUUUCAGGCACUUGUGUGCCUGUGCCGGUCUGAGCCGGGGCAGGAGGGGCCACACCAUAUCUGUUUCAGAUGAACUGCAGAGGUCUGUUGUCAUACAAUGGCUGCUUUGUAAGCAAAGUCCCAUCCUGGUUAUGAAUAUUGGUAAUGGGUGACAAAGUUUUGUAUUUAAGUAACAAACAACAACAAAAAAAAAAUGCAAACCAAAUAGCUGGUGUCUAUUUUUCCUCUGUUUUGUCUUUGACUGCAAAUACACUGAACAGCUCUAUGAUAUAAGGGAAGAAAAAAAAUCUACUGUAUAGAUUGUUAUUGUUUUUGAUGAAAAAUGAGCUGUAAGAUAACUUUUGGACUCUCACAAUGUUGAAUUAAAGUUACCUCUUGUCUGUGA